AUGGGUCGAUCGAAAGUGCGGAAAGCGCCGAGUGAUGGGCUGUGGGUGUUUUGCUGUGUCCUGCAUCUCGUGUGUCGAACAUCCACGCAGCUCAUCAUCAACGUACAAAAUCAGGGAGGAGAAAUCGUACAGGAGACAAUAACAUCCAGCGUCGGCGACGACACGUGCACGCUGGAGUUCCAGAGAAGCGACGGAACGCUCAUAACGAAGCUGAUAGACUUCAAAAGUGAAGUUCAGGUGCUCAAAGCUCUCGUGCUCGGCGAAGAAGAACGGGGCCAAAGUCAGUAUCAAGUGAUGUGCUUCGUGACCAAAUUCCAGAAAGGCGAUUUCAUCACCGCCGACGCGAUGGCAAAAUUACGACAGAAAAAUCCCAGCACCAUCCGGACGCCGGAAGAGGACCGAGGGAAGGAGAACUACACGAUGACCGCCUGGGUGUUGCUGGACCGUGCCACGCCUAUAUCCCGGCACGUGGCGCCACUCUGUUCCGAGGCGCAGGAGUCCACGUACGUGCGCGACGUGGACCUGAAGGCGUGGGCCGAACUGCCAGGCUCAUCGAGUUCGAUCCUGGAAUCGGCGGUGAAACCGUUCCCGACGGCGAACACGGUCACGGAACCAUCGCGCUGCAGUGACGUCACCGGAAUCUGGGCACCGUGCCUCUGCACGCUCGAGAUGUGCAUCGGUUGGUACCCGUGCGGCCUGAAGUACUGCAAGGGCAAGCCGGACAGUGGGGCGGCGGGGCAGAACGGGGGGUCGUCCGCGGCCGCGACCAGCUACCGGUGCGGGAUCAAGACGUGUCGGAAGUGCCACCAGUACUCGUACUACGUCCGCGAGAAGCAGCAGUGCCUGUGGGACGAAUGA